UCGAACUCCACGAUCAUCGACUCACUAUCUCGUAUUGUACUUGUGAACAGCUGAAGGGUUCUUUUGGUCAAGAUGCCGCAAGUCACAUAUGUAACUUACACCCGCGGAGUUGAUGCGAAACACCUCCAUCUCGGAAACCUAGUCCACGACUUCAAAGACCCCCUCAACCUCGAACCAUAUGUUGAAAAGGCAUAUACUGACCUGUCCGAGCCUGCUCCAGCAUGGGCUCGUUCUAGAGCACUUGAUAAUUUCGCACUGACGUUGGGAGAAACACCCGAAGACGAAGAGAAGGAAGAAGAAGACGAGGAAGUCGAAGGCAAUAAAUAUCUUGUGGCAGCAGCAGCGAAGUCAACCCAGCUCGAAAUCGAUGAUCCUGAGGAAUUCUUCGAGAAAAUCACUCUCAAGUCAGACAAAGCGAAGAAGUGGCUCGCAUCCCACAUCUCUGCUGCCGAAAGCCUCCAACCUCACGCCCCUCCUCAGAUCUGGAUGGCUACAGGGCUGAUCCUCAUGACGCACGCGACAUGGACGAAUCUCUCGAGCAAGCAAACCUUCACCCCCGGUCUACCAGCACCUUUCGAUCCAACUGGAGUGACAGCAAUUCGUCGAUCAUCCGUCAGCGAACACAUCAGACCAGUGAUUGGGUACGAAGAGAAGGAGGAUACAAAGCAUAUUCCCGGUGCUGUCAUUCAUGAGACGGGCAAAUAUCCUGGUACUAGGGGCUGGGCGAUACGCUGGGAGAGAGUUGAUACUAAGGUCAUGUCGGCAGAGAAAUGGAAAGGUGGUGUUGAUAACCAGCUCAUGCUGAAUAUACCCAAGAUGUUUCCGAAGAUUGCGAUUGUUGAACUGCAGGAAGGGACGUAUGCUCAGAAUGCAGACAAGGGAUCCGAAGAUGACGACAACUACUGGGACUUGUUCAUUGAUUUAGUUGAAGAGCUCGAAUAAGAAGGUAUUCGCGCUAUUUCAACCUUUUCGAAGCAGUUAACAAGGAGAAAUAAUUGCAGAUACAACAGAAAUGGUGUGGGGCGUGGG